GUUCAAAUGAACAAACAAUUAUAAAAGUCGCUCACCGAGACAAUAUCGAGCGUGCGAGAAACGCUCGAAAAUCGAAGAGAUUUUCCGUCAGCAAACCUGCACCAGAGUGCAUCGUAUGCGGAUUUUUAAAACGAUGUUUUGUCGUAGUUGUAGAUGAUUGUUGGUGUGUGCAUGAGAGUUUUGGUUGUUGCGGAGUUUGUGUUGCGUUGAUCCAUAUGCGGAAAAAAAUAGUCACCUUGUGUACUAUGUAGAUGCGCUCGGUAGAACACGAUUAUAUAAGUGAAUGACAAGUUAGGAUCCGAGUAUCGGGAUUUUGUUGUUAACGAUAGAUAGCAGGAUAUUAAAUCUGUCGAAUCUUCUAAAGUAUUGAAGAAAUUCUUCCUCCAAAACGAUCACCCUUUUUGUAACGCGAAGGAUGUAGCUUCGAGGAUGAGAUUAGCGACGAAUGUGAAGAGUUGGGUUUGGAUGAUCCUUACGUUAGCAGCAGAAUGUGCAGCUAUACUAACCGGCAACGAUCAAGUUCACGACGAUAUUACUUCCUUGCCGAAAUAUGGUUGUCAAUGGUUGGGAGGUAGCUACAGUACUGUAAACUGCACUUGCAGGGAGGACGCUGAGGAAUUCCACAUAAAACAUGGACAAAUUCCAGUCUAUGAAACAGGAGGUUUGCAGAUCAACAACUGCAAGAAAGUCGUUUUCGAUGUCCAUGCGAUAGAGAAUCUUCGGAAUUUACGCCAAAUCCAUCUGAAGAAUAUUCAAUCCUUAACUCUCCAGCCAGAAAGUUUCAGCUGGUUCGGCUAUCGCGCCACAUACCAACCAGACGAUGAAGCUGAUGACGAUAACAUACCUUCAUUGAGUAUAACACUGGAGAACUGCGUUAUAGAAAGUAUAUCUCAGCAUUCUUUCAAGGGUAGAAUAAAGAAUAUUCAACUCGACAAGUGUCAUGUCAAGGAAAUGGAAUCCUUCGCGUUCUCUUCACUGCGACAGUCCGGAACAGUCACCCUGCGGGACACCAUAAUCGACAACUUGAAACCCCAGGCUUUCAAACUGUUCACAACGAAACAACUCAUUCUGGAUGGUGUUCAAAUAGACAAAGUGCCAAGCAGGUCAUUCUCGAACCUGGUCGUCAAGGAAAAGUUUCAAAUAUCAAACUCCAGAUUUGGUACCCUGCAUUCUGGAUCUUUUAUGAUAGACGGUCCCAGAAGAUUCGAGGUGAUCAACUCGAACAUUUCUACCUUGGAUGGUGAAGCGUUUGCAGUGACCGUUGAAGGCGAUGUUCUCUUCAAAAAUAACAAUAUUGGUGUUGUGAACCCUGGUGCUUUCCUCAAGAUUACCACUAGUAAAGACUUAGUGCGAAACACAGAUUUCUUUCUCACCCUAGACAGUAAUGUUUUCUCCUACAUGUGGAGUAAUUCUAUGGAGGUACACGGCUUGAUUACAAAAAUCGUGAACCUCAAAAUCAACGAAUCUUGUAACUGCGAAUCGUUCAUAAGUACGUAUGCGUCAUAUAAGGAUUUCUUCUCGGAAAUCAAGUGUUCAGAUACCGGUAACUUCAUAUCGGUUAAGGACUUCGAAAAUGAGAAGUGUACUGUUUUAUCCGGGCAUACCAACAUGCUAAUAAUUAUAGGUGUCAUUUCUGUUUUGCUGCUACUGAUGAUCAUCCUUCUAACGUUGUAUUACCGCAAGGCUUUCAAAGAAGGCAGAUACGGCAAGAAUAACGUACCGCAAAAGAACGUAAGUCUGAUUGUGCCUGAUGGCAGAACCUAUAGAGAAACCGAAGUCCACGUGAUAUUGGAAAGAGCUGAUCUCUUGACCACUGAUCUUUGAUAAUUUUAAAUAUUUACAAUGAAUUUUUUUGUACUAGUCCUAUGUGUAAUUGUGUAAAGAGUAUUCAAAGAAAUAAAUAUAUCGAUCUCAAAUUA